CCAGGGGCUUUUCUCCAGUCGCCAGUGACUUUGCUUCGGGAGCGCAGCCGCCUGGCGCCGCUUUCCUCCAGGCUGGAGCUCGCAGGGGCCCCUGGCUCUUCUGCGAACGCAAGGGGCAAGAAUCGGUGACCUCGGGGCGCGCCCCGAGUCCGGGUCCCUUAACCCGCACCCCAGCCCCCGGCCCGCGCCUAAGCCUCCAGCAUGGUGCUGCUGGCUGGGCCCGGGCCGGAGGGCGGCGGGACACACUGCUUGUCGUCCCCGCAGUCGCCGACGCCACCCCGGGGAGCGCAGACAGGGGAAGAUCCAGGGGACUACGAAGAGUACGAAGACUUCUCGAGUCUGCCGGACACCCGCAGCAUAGCAUCAGACGAUUCCUUCUAUCCUCCCGGAGGCGAGGAGGAGUGCGGCUCAGGGAGCGCCGAGUGCGUCCCGGAGGGCGUCCCCGAGGCGGCGACCCUUCUGCGCGCCGCCUGCACCAACGACGUGGGGCUGCUGCGGGCGCUAGUGCUGCGCGGGCCGAGUUCCGAGGAGGUACGAGAGACUGACCGCAACGGCCGGACUGGCCUUAUUGUUGCGUGCUACCACGGCUUCGUGGACACUGUGGUGGCCCUAGCGGAGUGCCCCCACGUCGACGUCAACUGGCAGGACAGCGAAGGGAACACAGCCCUCAUCACGGCUGCACAGGCAGGGCAUGCCACCAUCACCAACUACUUGCUGAAUUAUUACCCUGGUCUGGACCUAGAGAGGCGGAACAUAUUCGGCUUCACAGCCCUCAUGAAAGCGGCCAUGCAGGGCCGAACGGAAUGUGUGCGAGCUCUGAUGUUGGCAGGGGCGGAUGUUCAAGCGAGGGAUCCCCGCCGUGGGAUGUCACCACAGGAGUGGGCUGCAUACACUGGCCGAGUGGAGGCUGUUCGUGUCAUGCAGAGGCUGAUGGAGCGACCCUGCCCAGAACAGUUUGGGGACAAGUACAAGCCAGAAUUGCCGCUUCCCGCUGAGGCGCUCUUGAAACCAGCACGUUCCAAAAACUGCUUUCAGAGAUUCACAGAGUUCCUGCGGUCCACUCUGACCUCCCGCUCAGGCCAGGGUCUGGCGGAUGGAGGUGUCCUUGAUCACAUGGUCAGGAUGACCACAAGCCUUUAUAGCCCCGCCAUUGCUGUCGUCUGCCAGACUGUGUGCCCGGAGAACCCUCCCUGCGUGGGGAAACGGCGCCCGGCAGUGCAGGAAAUCCUAGCAGCUAGGGGGAACCCGGACACUUAUGCUCAGGAUGGCUCUGAACUGCAAUCCCAGACUUUGGAGACUCCCAGAGUGAAUCCCUGGUCAUCUCAGUCCUCUGCGGCCCCAGGACCCACCCCUGCCCCUGUUUCACGGAAGGCCAGCCUCCUGCCCUUGCAGUUGCUGCGGAGAAGCAGCGUGAGGCCAGGAGUGGUGGUGCCCAGGGUGCGCAUCAGCAAGGCCCCUGCGCCCACCUUCCAGCCCGAGCGCCCAGCCCCAAAAGGCAACACCAAGGACAAUGUACACCUGCAGAUCCCCAAGUGGCGGUACAAGGAGGCCAAGGAGGAGAAGAGGAAGGCGGAGGAGGCGGAGAAGAAACGCCAGGCAGAGGCUCAGAAGGAAAAGCGGGCGCCACGUUGGAGGAAAAGGACGUGAAGGGGCCGUGAUACCCUCCGCGUGUGUGCCUGGUGUGGGAGCAGCGCAGGGAUCCCGCUGGGAGGCUGCGGGUGGUGUAGAAGGCACCGCAGAGAGGGGUGCCCCUCUCCGCUGCAUUACACAACCUCUGGGUCGUUCUUUCCUAGACCCACGAAGCAGGUUCUCCAUGGUUCCCAAGACAGGAUGGCUUUUGCUUAAAACUAGCUCCCUGAGCAGUCUAUACACCCAAAGGGCAGUUUACCAGAAGUCACCCCUUAGAGGACCCCAAUGAAGAAUUAAAAAACCUAAUUUAUCAAAGGGCAUUUUCGCAUACUUUUGUAUUUUGUUAUUUAUGAAAAACUGCAGCAUUUUACAAGUGAUGGGCUCUUUGUAAUUAUGGCAGUUUUAAUCCCUGUGUUUGGAGACCCUUUGUUUAAAAUGCUGCCUCUAGCAAUAAAUACUUGUAAUGAUUGUGUGAAUCACACAGAAC